CACUUGUACCAGGGCUUGCAGAUAACAGGCAAACAACGAAUCAGUGCAUGGGAACUUAUGGAGGGGUACAAAAACCCCUCACCUCUGUCGUGGGCGUGGUUUGGUGCCGUUCGUAUUGAGCGUAAACCUCUGAGGUAUGAGCAAGAUUUUCGAAGACUUCUGCAUCACACACAUCCCAGAAGACGGCCGCUGAGUUACUUCCUUAGUCCUGCUCCUGACAAAGAGGACGAGCAAGACGAAGAGGAAGAUAGAAUAGAGUUAGAUGCAGCAGCAGCGGACAAGUCAAGUCAACCUGCUACUCCACAGACUCCA